AUGCAGCUGGGAACCGAGCUCCCGGUGGGCCGGGAGGUACAGAUGGAUGGAAGUUUCCUUGAAGAUGCCCUUGAGGUCUUUUCCAAAGCUCAGUUCCUCGCGGCCUCCUCUGUUGGUUUGCUGCUGUGCACGCUGGCUACGGUCACCCUUCCCCACCUUACGGGUGGCAGCAUCUACGUGCUUUCUGCCGUGCGCUUUGUCACCGGCCUCCUGUUUGCUACUGGCCCGGUCGGUAAUCUUUAUGUUCAAGACUGCUUGCCAGCCAGCCAGCGCAAUCAGGCCAUGGCAUUCAUCAAUACUGCCUACUCGAUUAUCGCCAUCGCAAUGGCGAUCUUCUGCGGAGCCACUCAGUCGCUGGAUUGGCGUCUCGACGCACUUCUGUGGUGCGGUUUGCCGCCACUCCUUGCAAUCGCGGUGUGCUUUCAGGCGCCAGUGGAACUGCUCCGCUCUCUCCCAGCAGCGGCAUCCAAGCGCAGUGCACAGAAGUCGGAAUCCAGUGGAAUGUCCGGCCCAGAAAUCUCAGGUGCAAUCAAGCUGGCGACGUGCUUUCUGGCUUGUGGCUGUGGCUCCUAUGGUCUCAGCUACUCUGCAGGAAAGCUGUCCGAGAACCUCUACACCAACUCUGUGUUGCUGAACGGCGCUGAUAUCCUGGGCUAUGUGGCAGUGCUUGGGGCUGACGUCCUGGGCCGGAAAGCUUUCCAAAGCAGUAGCUUUUUCUUGGCCGCCGUAUGCUUGCUCUUCUGCGCAGUGCUGCAACCCGGCUGGAACCUCAUCGCCUGCGCGAUGGUGGGGCGGAUCUGCCUCAAUGUCUGUUUCACGACUAUCUAUGUAGCACUGGCCACGGUCUUCCCGGAAUCGAGCCAGAAGAAUGUGCUUCCACUCUGCCAG